AUGGAGCAGAACGUCAUUAUGUCUCAGGCAAUCGAGACUUGUCGAUAUCUCCCAUAUCAAAUCGAGCUUUAUAAUCGUGCUAAAUCAAAGAAUAUUGUAACUUGCUUGGAUACAGACAGUAGCGAGACAUUGAUCAGCAUCUUGUUGAUGCAAGAUGAAGCUCAAGACAUCAGACCCAUCUCUGUACAGGAGCUAGGGAAGGCUGCACCAGCUCCUCCAGCUCUUCAUGAUCUGGAAGAGGGAGAAAUGGAAGCUACUUCUCAAGUAGUCUUCAAGCUUGAUGUUCUACCAGCUCAACCCAAAAAGAUUAUCUACUUGGCAACAAAUAACACUCUAGUCAACGAGCUAGCUGAAAAUAUUCAGGCUGUCACGGAACUACAAGUAGGAGCUUACAAUAUGGAAGAUAUACAUGAUACCAUACUGUCCUUUCACGAUAUGACGAAGCGUCAUGUCUGGGUAAUGGCUCCUGAUGUUUUACUCAAGCUGCUAAAGAAUGGAAUAGUGAACUUGUCGAUUCAAGUAUCACUAAUUAUAUUCUACCACCCUGAUAUGCCUCUAUGUACUAGUAUUAUACAGGAAUUCUAUCUUGUCAUCCCAUCAUCGCAGCCUCGACCAAGGAUAUUUGGAAUGCUUGAGACACCUCCUCUCACAGAUGCGCUCGCAGAACUCGAGAAGGCAUGGGAUUCUACAUUCAUUUCUGUGAUAGAUGCAGUACCAAAUUCAGUCACUCCACCUCAGGCCACAGAAGUGAUAAUCGAGUAUGACCGUCCCAAUGCCUCUCGUGAUGAUGCUUCUUCGUCGAUAGUUGGAACGUAUUUUAGACAAUAUGAAACCUCAUUUGACCAGCUCGCUGCUCAAUACACAGCUUCAACUGAUAACGCAAAGGCGGCUGCAGUACACAGGCAACUAGUAUCGGUCAAGGAGUUUUGUCAGCAGCUGGGACCAUGGGCUGCUUCCAAAAUCGCUCAUGGCUCGUAUCGAUCCCUUGUGUCUUCAUCGUCGGCAUCAACUGUACACGGUGCCAAUAGUUCUGGCCGAGGUCGCAAACGAAAAUCUAAUCAGCAAGAUCAUCAACCCAGUAAAAAGUUGAAGUUGGACGAUAAUCCCCUAACAUCAACACCAUCAUCAUCAUCUACUCUCAUCAAUAACGCAGUGGAAGAUGACGUGAAGGAGCCAGAGUCGGAGCCGAAUGCUGUCGUCAGGAUACCAACCGUUCCAUCAUACGCAUCUGUGACUGAUGCCGACUAUAGUCCCAAAGUACAUGCUCUUAUGUCUGUUCUCGCAUCACGUGUAGACAAUGCCAAUUUCCGAUGUAUGAUAUUCGUAGAACAGCGGCCUGUUGCUAAGGUCUUGUCCGAGUUGCUCAAUUCUGCAUCGGCAGUACGGUUUCCGAUGUUACGAACGGGCUACCUGAUUGGUCAUAGUGGAAACUCAGCAACGUCGUCGUCGAAAAAGGCUUGUAACGAAAGCGGCUCUCAAAAUAAAAUCCUCGAAAAAUUUCGAAAGGGUGAAAUCAACACUGUGGUUGUGACUCGACUGCCUGACGAUGGGACUGCCAUGCCAAAAUGUCGACUUGUUGUAAUGUUUGACUUCAACAAAUCUCAGCUCGGUUAUGUGGACUCUCAUAGAAAAGCGGCUGAUGGAUCCCAAUUAAUAGUGCUGCUUUACAAGAAUGAUUUACAGUCACGAAACUUGCUCAAGAACCUCCAAACUAUCGAUAUAUCCACCAUUCGGGACGUAUCUGUUGUCGCAAAUGCUAUAUCAACCACCGUUACAAGACGUAACGACGAUGAUCAAAUCGCAGCUACACUGGUGUCUGAGAAUGAAAAUGUGCUCUUCACCAAAGGUGGAGUACUCGCAUGGGCUGACAAUGUAACGAAUACUCUGACGGAAUACUGUGAGUACUUGAAGACUCAAUUCAAAGAAGACAUAGGCGACUUUGAGCCUGUGCUCAAUAUCGCAGUCCAUGCCUCGUCUACAGAUGAUGAGUGGCAGAAAUAUCAAGAGGCUCGUGCAUCACAAGAGACCACCAGGCAGCAUCUGGUAACAACGUCUCUUCAUAAACGAGGUACGCUUGUAUCACCUACUACGGAUCCAAUUCGAUUUGGAUUUGCUUAUAAAGUACAUCUUCCGCGUGGUGUACCGACUGGAUUGGAAAGCACUGUUGGUCCAAUAAGAAUCAACAAGAAGUUGGCUAUGCAGGCUGCAACUCUGGAAACAUGUUGUCGUUUGUAUGAAGUCGGUGCUCUGAACGAGCAAUUACAUCCCACGUCGAAUGUCGGUCGGUAUAAUGCCCUAGUGUCGAUAAGACGCUUCUUAUCAUCCACCACUACAGAAUCUUCAACAGUCUCCAAACAGUCAUUGGAAGUGUCCAAAGAGCCAAUAAAUCCUCCGCUGCCAUCAACUAGCAAAUCGAAUGAUGAUGUACUGCAUGAGUAUGAAAGAGCAUUCUCUCGUGUAUUUGCUUUCGAUGAGUUUUGGGAAGGCAUUGAAUCUAGUACACCACCAACUACAGAGACGUCGUUUUAUGUGACAUUAAUCAAGUUUGGACCAGAAUUGGAUGCAUUUGUGUAUGACAGAGGUGUACCAUUGAAAGUUGCCGACACUGCAGAUGGCACUGACCUUCUUCGCUCUGUCGGUAUACUUACCCGUCGCCCUCUACCCGCUCAUGCAAUCCCACCGUUUGUAAUAUUUUUGAAUGGUGCUGAUCCAUGUCGUGUUGAUGUAGCAAAUUGGACCUCCGGUCAGGAAUCCAAAACCGUGGCAUUUAGUGCCGCAGAGAUGCACCAAAUCAGAUCUUUCCAACAAUACUAUUGGUCGUUUCAUCACAAAAUGGCUACUCAGGAUGCGUCAAUACCAGUCGAUCCUCGACAUUUUAUGGUCAUUCCCUUCUUGGGCUCGCCCAAGUCAAAUACUAGUACAAAGUGGAUCCCAUCGUCACAGUCGCAAACUCGGAAGCUAUGGCCAGAACCUGAGAGUAUGGCUCCAACACGACCUUGCGACUGGUCUAUUGAUUGGGUCCUAGUAAAGAACGUGGCAGAUGGUAAAGAAGUAUCUGGAUGGGAAUGGCUGGUGCUAGCUGGUCGUGCAUUGUCUGAUGGUGACAUUGAACCGCCUGCCAAAAUAGCCCGAGAUCCUCAAAUGAAUGGUAUUGGUCUUGGACCAGGUGUACAAAAUGCAGAUCACAAUGGUGUUGAAUCGCCUUUUGAUUUCCUGUUUGACAAGGUGUAUCAGAGCCGCAUCAAUAUUGUUGACACGACUGUUGAUCCUACAACAACAUUUUCUCGUAAUGUAAUUGAACAAAUCAAUGAGCUUUUAGCUCAUGUCGUAAUCGUUACACCGCAUAACAGGCAACCAUAUUCAGCGGUAUCAAUGAUAUCCUCAGUGCAUCCAAAAUCGGCCUUUGUAAAUAAUCGAGCUACGAGUGCCUCUAUGGUAGAUCCACCCAUUACAUAUGAAUCUUACGUCGCUAGUAUCGGUUAUAAUGUCACUCAUCCAUCAUCGGCCAUGAUUGAAGCAAAGCCGAUACCAAUCUUGCGCAAUAUGGCCCAUCCAUCCGUCAAGUUUAAACGUAGAAAGGAGAGGGCUAAAGAUCAUGGCAGCACUCUUGUAGUCCCCGAUGUUGCCAAAGUGGGACCUAUUCCAAUGGAGCUUGUUCGAAUUGGGUCCAUCAUUCCUUCAAUCAUAUACAAGCUGGAUUUGUAUUGCUUGAUGUACGAAUUUCGAGAACGUAUGGGUAUUCCCGAAACUGUUAGUCUUGGAUCUCUCUACACAGCCUUUAGUGCCCCUUGUGCUCACGAAGCUACUGAUUAUGACCGGCAUGAGCUUCUUGGAGAUGCGUUCUUAAAGUUCGCCACCAGCAUGGAUUUGUACAUCAACAAUCCGGCAUCUGCUGAAGGAGAUCUGACGAAGAAACGAAUGAGUCUGGCAUCCAAUAUUCAUUUGUUUGAAAAGGCAAUAGAAUAUGGACUAUCAGGACUGUUGAUUGUAGAUCGAUUCAGCCCGCGAAGCUGGUCGGCUCCAGGAUUCAAAGCCAAGGUUAUGGCAGUAGACGAUUCAGAGGCUGAUUUCGUACAAUCUACUAGAGGUUGGCGAUCUCGCUCUAUAUCUCAGAAAAUGCUGGCAGACUUUGUCGAGGCUUUAAUUGGAGUUUGUUGUGUUGAUGCCGGGUAUGAAGGUGGUCUGAGAUUCCUUCAUCGUCUCGGAAUUAUAUCAGAAUCUGCCUUGAAGCCUUUGGAACUUAAAAUGCCAUCCCCUAAAAAACCGGUCUCAAAGUCUGCUGGGUUGGCUAGUACAAAUUCUAUGAAUGUAGAUAGUGACGUGGUAGCUUCCUUUCCGUACGAUGAAAUUGAAGCCAGCAUCAACUACCAAUUCCAAGAUCGUAGUGUGCUCUUGGAAGCAUUCACUCAUUACUCUUAUCGCGAGCGAAAAACUCCAUGCUAUGAACGUCUGGAAUUCCUCGGUGAUGCUCUACUUGAUUGGAUUGUAACACGAUACUUCUUCAACUCGUAUACGCACCUUGAUGCUGGUCGUCUCUCUGAUUUGAGAGCAGCUACAGUCAAUAAUGAUAGCUUCUCUCUCUUGGCUGUCGAACUGGACUUUCACAAAUAUGUCAUUCAUAGCUCUGCUGGCGCCAAACGAGACAUUGAUACAUAUUUAGAUUAUCUCUCCAAGCUUGAAGCCAGCGGUGGAUUUGUUGGAAGCGGAUCCACUAUCACUGUCGCUAGUAUUGUAGCUGGAGCUCACGGAAGCGGGUUUACAGCACCGAAAAUAUUAGGAGACUUGUUUGAAUCUGUGGCCGGAGCCAUUCUCGUAGACUCUGGUUGGGAUUUGGAGGGCACUUGGAAUGUUGUGAAACCUCUUAUGUCAAGAUUCAUUGAUGAACAUGCAACUCCUAAUGAAGUGAACAAGCCUGCUGUACGUCAAAUCCACGAGUAUUUCCAAGGAAUUGGAUUUGGUGUCAACGAUAUCGCCUACAAAUACAGGAUGGAUGAAAAGACAGGACAGCAUGUUUGUGAUAUUGUCUUGUGUGGUGACAGGAUAGUAUUAGGCUCUGGAAACACAAAAGUAUCGGCAAAGAAGGCAGCUGCAACACACUGCCUUGCCUAUAUCGAGACUCAUCACGAGGAACUUGCUCAAAGGCUCGCCGGUCAAGCACUACUUGUUGAUGACAAUGGUGUUGAUAUUAGGAGGCCUUCCAAGUCUGUACAGAAACUAGACGACACUACAGGCAACGCAAAUGCGAGUACAAGCAAUGCCAAUGAGCAGCACAAGCAGGUGAACGUCACCACAUCAGCGGUAGCUCCUCCUCGAACCGCAACAAUCCCAGUUUAUCAACUACCAGCCUCAGUUGCAAAAGAUCAGAGGGUGGCAGCACUAGCUAUGACAUCCACUCAAUCAAAUCUCACCUCGCAGCCAGUGAGUCACGUAAACGCCGUACUUCCAAUAGUCAACCCCAAUAUAGUACAACCACAAACAACAACUGAAACCCCCGCCCCGGUAACACCCUCAUCGGCCGAUAUUACUCCUCAUAAUCUGUCGAGUUAUAAUGCAACACAGCUGCAAGAGUUGGGUAGAUUGUUUGUACAGUUGGUUCAAGCUGGAGCUGUGACAAUCUCCCCUCUAGCGUUGAUUAACAUGGGAAGUUCUUUAUCAGGUUUAUUGAAUAUCGGACCUUCGGCCGCUGCUACUACACUACUCGCACCUCAACCUAUUAUGCCUGUACAGCAGCAACAAGCUCAGCAAAUGCCAAUAAAUGUAUAUACACCGACGGCACCUAUAAUGUAUAGUCAUCCUAUGAUGCCACCGGGCACGUUACCUCCACCUGUGAAUCAUACUUAUAUAUCAAAUACUGCAGCAAGACUACCAUUUCCAACACGGCCUUGGAUGACACCACCACCAAUGGAAAUGUUUCCUUUACCACCGCCAGGAUGGAUGCCUCAAUCUAUGCAACCACCUCAUAUCUCACCACUCGCUCCACCGACCUACAACAUUAACGGGUCUAGUAGUCAUGGUAGAACGCCACCACCAUCAAUGACAAUAUUGGAACAGCCACCGUCAAAUGGAAUGAAUGUCAGCACUCCAUAUCAGUCAAAUCGCCCAUUCUACGCUCCUAGACGUUAUAAAACAAACUCAUUCCGCGGUAAUAGCAACAACAAACGCAAGUAUGAUGACCCUGAUGAUGAUGGUCGAUGGCCAAGUGCCGAUUGA